AUGACUCGUUUUUGGCAAACAGUUGAAACUGAUGAAACUGACAUGAAGCAAUACAACGAUGAAAUCGACUCCGACACUAUUUAUCAGAACUCAAAAUGGUACAAGGAUUGCUUGGUUAUUUACAAGGAGAAAUUGAAAACUUAUAACCACAGAUGCAGCUCCAAGGAAACUCUUUUCAUUGAAUACAUUAUGCAGCAUUAUGUGGCAUUGGCACCUAUGUGGACGUCUAUACUGCACAUCAGGAAAUCAGACACAAAACCUCAUUAUGAAGAGAACUUCAGAUGUUCAACGGGCAACAUGGAGAGCCACUGGGGAACAACCAAGGAAGAUUUAAGAACCAGAAUAGCCGAAUUGGGAAAGCUGCCCAUUGCUGCCGAAAGAUUAAUAGCGUACAUGAAAUCUCAAACUAGAGCGAAUGUUGUGCGCUAUCGGGAAAAAAUACCGAAAUGCAGGCUGAAUGCACGAAAAGGCACAUAUAAACGCAAAAGAACAGAUGUCAAAGAACCAAAAACAAACAAAUCGGAAGAUAUAACGCUUUCGGAGCUUGGAGAAAUCAAAGCCGAAUGGGGCAGAACACCUACUUCUGUAAGAACCAUCAAGCAGAAAUUUUCAAAUAUUUCUGGGAAGCGACUGUUUGCUCAACGGUUCAAAGAUCUGCCCAGCCUAAAAAUACCACCAAAUUCCGGAUUCAAUAAGAUAUUCGAACGAAUAAGUAUUAUGCAUCCCGGAAAAAGGCUUUACUUUGGGAAAAAGAAUUUCCAGAACCGAACAAUUAGCCUCGACCUUGCCGACCUAAGGACAGUAAUCGAAGGGUGGAUUGUAGAUUCGGCAGUGGAAUGGCUCAUAGCAGCAGAAAUCGAAGCGGCAGGACGAUCUGAGGAAAUCUACUUGCUGGAGCCGUAUUCUGCUGCUGUAUUAUUUUCUAAAAACAACAAAAAUAAUGACCUGGCAGCAGCAGAAUACCGCAGAAUGGUCGGUCACCCUAAAAUUCUCGUUCCAUUUGUGAUGGAAGCCAUUACUUUUUAA